AUGACUGAUAGAUCAAUCUCGCCUGAGAUGACAUCCAAUUCGAUCAAGGGAGAGAGCGAGUAUGGGAUGCAAUGGGUGAGGCUGCGGCAUGACAGUGACUGCUCUGUGGUGAGCUGUCUAAACUCGGGCGGGUUCCUGACUUCGUGCCUGCCUAACCCAGGUGGAAUCGCCAGUCUGCGGAGCCCUAGCUGUGGCGCUCGCCCCAGUCUACAGCAGGCAAUGGCCCAGGUCAAGCCAUCUUAUCCAUACUUGCCCACUGGUUCUGCCCAGCCGGCUCCCACACAGUUCACGAAUCCCCGGGAUCUCUGCUUGUCCAGAAACUCACAGACUCAGGAUGGUCCCAGAUGCCAGUUACCGGCCUUCCGGACGUCGUUCCGAGCCUACCAUGUUGACGACUUUUUCCCACGUUACUUUCGUCGCACCGCCGAAGUUGCCGUGACCCAGAUAGAGACAGCAAGAAACUCCUCCAAUGACCUUAACCAACAAUCCCUCAACCCCACCAGACACUGCAAGUUUCGACGUUGUGUUUGGUUGCGUGUCGGCACAAAUGCCUCGAACACAAACAGGGGAUCGCGAUAG